GCUCCGGAGUGUACGCCUAUUGUUUGAGGUCACCGGGUCUCAACUAGUUCGGCCGACUAUUUAUACCACGGUGAACCCGGCGGCUCCACACAGGUAUUGACGGUCACCAUCCCUUGAAACAUCUUAUCAUGUCCGACGCAGCAGUCACUCAGCACCCCCCUGCAAUCAGAGUGGGCGGUCGUCGUCUAUCAGUUACCUCGCGCCCGAGGCCUCGUGCCAACUCGGAAGCUGUUGCAAACACUGGCGCAAAUAAAACCGAAGAUACUGAUUAUCCGCGCCCGGCAAACCACAGCGAGGAGGAGCCACAUGCCCCUCCGCAUAAUGAGGAAGAGAUUCCAAAGAAGAAGAAACAUCAUGGACAGGGCAGCCAUGACGAUAACAGGCUUCAAGAGAGCGCUUAUCGCAAGGCAGAAGCUAGCAGGCCCACCAAAGACCAUGUCGGUGGUAAAAGCGGUUAUGGUGGUGGUGGAAGGAUCGCUCAACCUGCUGGAAAGACCUUUGGGAUUUAGGAAAAGGCCAUGUUCUGUUUGAGAAUGCUGGAUCCAUUAAAGAGAGAACGAUGUAUUUGUAUAGGUGUCAUUCUCGUUGAAAUGUACCAUCAUCUUUGCAGCCAACUAGGAAUGUGCGGCAUGGUGUGCUUAUUUCGGCAUGGACGAACAUAGCAAUGAAGGCACUAGAGAUACAAAUAAAUCAAAUCAUGGAAUGGAUGCUGCUGCCUUCUUCCCCCGGACUUUCUUCG